AUGAGCCAGCAGCGCGUCGCCAGGCGCUCAGCCAGUCAUGGAGCGCUGAGUAGCUCAUACGCCGCUCAGGGUCGAGCCGGAUCCGAUUCUGGUCAUCAGCUGCCUCCUUUCAAGCCGCUUAGGAGCAUCAGGGAGCACACUUUCCUGGACCCUGCCGCGUCAGCAGAGGGUAUGCUCAGGAAAACGACAGAGACUGGCAACAUCGGCAUUUUCUCUAUCAAUGUCACCAGGACCCAUGACCAGCUCUACCGAAGGCCCAGUGGUCUGCGUGCCCGAGCAAGCCUCAAUGACUUGCGUCAACCGUCGCGACCUUGGUCAAGCAGCAGUGACAGGCUCGCGGGGCGGGACGACCGAAAGCAGCUUCCUUCCUACCGCGACAGCACCUCUGAGAUAAUAUCGAUGUAUGGAUCGGAGAACCACAGCAGCAAGUCUCUUUCCAGCUCACUCACCACCCCUUGUGAUGAAUAUGGCCCGCGGUCCUACUCGAUGACAAGUUGCGGCCCCAGAGGCUACUUCAUGCAGAGGCACAACGGAGGCCAGCACUUGCAAGACUACCAGGGAAGAAUACAGCGCCCGAGGUCUCCUUACCCUUAUCCAACCCGAUUGCCACGUCAUGGAAUCCGUCCUGCCUCUCCAGCCCUGACCGAGAGUGGAGACGUGGACUACAGCAGGAUGGUCGAGAUUGACAGAAUCUCUUACCGAACAACACAUCACCCUCACAAGACCCUGUUUCCGUACAAGACGACAAGGAAUCCACUGCCACUAUCUCUGAAACAAGAUGCCAAUCUCUCGACGCGAUCACUCUCUGAUAACCACGUCACAGCCCGUCUUUACCCACCUCGACCGCGGAAUCGGCCACCACUACCGAGUCACCUUCACGAAUGGGGUGUGAGACCAAGGGAGAGGCUUGAAAGUGGCUCAUCAGAUCAAAGUUUGAGGACAAUGAGCUUGAAAUCAAUGAGCGGCGGCUACGGCCAGGCCUCUUCACGAGCCCGCGGAAUUGCAACAGUCCAAAAGAAGCCUCUAUUUUACGACUACAGCGAGGACUUCGAGGAUAUCAUAGAGCCGCCACCGGUCGUUCCAAUAGCACCCAUCCCACGACGUGUUUCAAAUUCUUUUCGUCGUGUGGUCUUCCAGAACAACAGCGGUGAAGGUCCCGACAGCAUGGAAGAUGUACAGAACGAAUUUGAGGCUUACCUUCAGGGAGGGGCGAACGCAAGGCACCAUCCCGAAGAAGGCAACAUUCCCAUCGAUGCCCCAGUCCAGCCAAUAUCUCUGCCACCUGGUGAUGCUGGGGUCAUCCCGCGGCAACCGGCGGACGACCAUAUCGACUCACAUCCAUCCACGCAAAUGGCUGCGCCAGCUGUUGAUUGUCGUGACUUGACUCCAGUUCUGGACGAGAGUGUGCAAGCAGAAAAUACGAGCGCAGAAAAGGAUAUGGGCCAGGUGAAGGAAUCGACGGUCGUCGAGAUAACGUCAGACGCUUCUACUCUCGAUGAUCUAUCUGAGCCCAAAACGCCUGCCUUCACUGCGGGCGGACCGUUUCAUGAGGUGAUGGGCCCAAAUGAGGAUGUCGACCCAUGUAGAGACUCACACGAUGGUCGUGUAACUGUUCGGAAUUUCGUCCUGUCGCAAGGACACGACACGUUGCCGGUCUUGUCAAAGGCCACGCCUGCCAGUUCUCCGACGUCUCACCAAACUAACGACAUCGUCUCGACACUUCCGAGGACACCGGGCCCAGAAGAUCCCGACAUUGCCUGUAGUGAAUCACAGGAAUCCCAUCCUCGAACUCAAACCGAUGAAGCAGCCGCAACUGUCAAAAAUAGUCCGUGCCUGAGGGAGGAUGAGGAGCCAGGACCCGAAAAAGUCACCAAUGCGGUGUCGCACCCCCCUCGAAUGUCAUCGCUCCGUGAAAAUAGGAGGAAAGCCACAGCACUGAGGGUCAACACUGCAGUCGAUGAGCCUCACCAGUACCAGGUUGUUUCGACUCGGGAAGGCCCAACGUUGACUCCGCAGCCAAUCUCACCCGCAAAGUUGUUGCGGGUGAAAAAUAGUAUUCCUCAAUUGAUGAAGGCUCUACCACCCCUCCCUGGGUACGCACCCGCUCCGGAAUCACCUUUUGGGCCAGCAGUCAUGCCGAUGGAAUUCGAGCCCUUCGAGAUAUCUCAAUUGACGGAUGCCCGUUCUACACUGAUCGAUGCUUUCCAGGCGGAUGAGGCUCCCAAAGGCUACGAUGCCUUCAUCUUUGACCGGGAUGCCCGCAAGCCUCGACUGAAGUUGAAGCAUGCUACUGCAUUCGCGGUGGAGCACGAGCGCAGUUCCAGGCGUGAAUACACUACCCCAAAAAGUGCCUCACGACCUGAUACUUCUGUUAAGCGACCGACGACCUCGACUAGGACUUCGACGGCGGCGGCGGCGGCGACAGAGUACUCUACUGCCCCUGUGAAGCGAAGACUCCCGAUCAAGGUCUCACGUCCCAUGCUCACUCCACUGUUGCCUGACGACGCAGGGACUGUGAAACGACGGCCAGGCAUCCAGAAAUCUAGCACUGUGUCGGAGUUAGUUUCGCAAGAGCCAAUUGAUCUAUUUAGUUCCGCAGUUGCCCUGCAAACUGCAGUGGCAAACAGCCAUGUGUCCUCGACUCAACAAAGGAUUCUGCACAAUCGAGUCCACGUAGACACACCAAUGGUCAAGGUCACGCCGGUGGCAAGGAUUCGGCAAGUUCCUGCCGAUGCUGAGACUAGAGGCACAUCUCUCGACGCACACAUGGAUAUGCUGCGCGUACCGAGUGUCGACUCGCAGCCAGGUGUGGAAAGUGAAAUACAAAGCUUUUUCUCAGACAACAGCAUUGUGAAGCCGCGGCAAGGGUUGAGAACCCGUAUUUCCAAUUUGAAAUCGAAACUUGCAGAAUCUCGAAACCUUCAUCGGUCUCCUUUAAGCAAGCUCCCACAGGAUGACCGUCUCGAGGACCAACAUCGCAAGGAUGACAAUCGCGAUGGUGUCGGCGCUUCCUUGUCUGCUGACAGCCAGCCAACAGGCACAUACAAAGAGCUGUCCGCAUCAACGAGCAACUCCAAAGCUCAUCCGCAAGUCAUAGCCAAGCGAGGAGUGAGAAGCAAGUUGGAAAAGUUCAUGAAGGGCGCAAAGCAUAAGCUUCGAACUUGGGGUAAAGCCAAACGCAGGAUUGAUUGA